UACAUUUGAUUGAGUAGUGAUCAGCCAUAAGCUCAGAUAACCAUUUACAAGUGUAUUCAUAACGGUUAUUGCAGUGUUCAUUAUCUGUAUUUAAGUGUUUGGGUGGUGUUUUGAUUGAUAAAGGAUAUUGCACCGGAAAGACUCAUGCACAUGGCUGAUAUGAAUGCCAAUUUCGAAGAAAACAUCAUAGCUAUCAAGAUUGGCUUAAAUAACAGUAGCUUUGCUUUUUCGACUCGGUUGGCACUAGGGGUAGAUAGAGAUAUAACAUUACAAACAUGGAAUUCCGAUCGUGUGCCAGGAAAGACAUUGACUUCCCCAACGGCUGUAUUGUUCAAUGACAAUAAGGAAUUCCAUAGUUUUGGAUACGAAGCAAGAUCAGCUUAUGAUGGAUUAUUAUCGGAUGGGGAAGAAAAAGGCUGGUUCUACUUUACAGAAUUUACGAAACAACUGAUAGAUCGGGAGAUACAAAAAGAUGUAGUGUUCCAGGACAUUGAGGGCAAGACCAUGAUUGCAGAGAAAGUUUUGUCAGCUAUAAUCGCGUACUUCAAGGCAACAUACGAGAAGUUAAGGGAGCAACGAAAUACUUGUUGGAUUUUUACUACACCAAUGGCUAUAGAUAAUGAAUCUUACAGGAAUCUUUUGAUAGCAGCUGCUGUUAUGGCUGGGAUUGAUGAAAGGCAAAUUUCAAUAGCCUCUGAAGCAGAAGCAUAUACAAUGUACUGUCAAUCAGUUUCCUUUGAUGAGCUGAAAAUAAGCAAAAAAGCCAAACAUGUACAAGACGAAAUUCAGAAAGCUGCCACGAAAUUUGCUACAGUCGAAGUCAACGGUCCAAACAUCUAUGCCACACUUUAUUUUCGGGAAGAUGGAGGUGGCCUUACGGAGCUGUGCAAAGUUAGUUUCGGUGGAACCGCCCAUGAAUUUCUUGAAGAAGAAUGUUUAGAGGUUUUUAAUGCGAUAUGUGGAGAAACCAUUUUUCAGAUGUACUGUCAAUUGUUUCCAAACAGUCAUGAUUUGAUAAAAUCUAAACUUCGGUCAUGUGCGUACAUGAAAACCAUGCCUGAACGUUUUUCCAUUCGCCUGCCUGUAAAUCUGUCGGAAUUUUAUGAAAAUGCAACUGGAAAAUGUUUUGGAAGGACUUUAAUGCUUCCCAGAUUUAAUGAAAAAGUGACAGUAACGACAGAUAAAAUAAAAAUUGGAAAGAAAGCUUUACACACUCUCUUAAGACAAGGCAUUAAUAAAACUUUGACAUGCCUAGAAGGCCUAAUGAAAAUGGUGGAUGUACAAGAAACUAACGUUUUUUUGUUAUUUGGUAGAUUAUCUAUCACUGAGAUCUUUUUAGAUGCCGUGACGCAAUCAUAUCCAAUGUUUGACUUCAUUGCACCGGCUGGUGACAGUUAUACAGCCGUUUUGCAAGGAGCUGUCUUAUAUGGGAAAAUGCUUGAAUCCAAUAUACCAACCAUUCGAACAAACGUCAUCAAACAUUUUCGAACAGAGAUCCCACGGGAACUGUUGGGCUUGAAUGAAAAAUCGAUAGAGAUUUAUAAGACAGCGUUAUCUGAAGGAUCAGAGGCUGCACAUAAUAUUCGUGUUAUGGUAGUUGGACAUUUUGGAGUUGGAAAGACAACACUUACAAAGCGAAUGUUUGAAGAAAAUGUUUAUUUAGGCAAACAGGAAAGUACUGAAGGAAUCGAUGUUCAUGUCAGAAAAUGCAAGGUGUCUUUAGAGGAUGGACGUUGGCAUGUAUUAGAUGAAGAUGACCGAAAAAUAGACACAUAUAGGCGUCUAGCCAAACUUUUCAGUGCAAACUCUGCAGGACGAACAACUGAAACAGACGAACACCUGGAUGAUGACAUAGGUAGUGUCCAACACAACAGAGACUCCUUUAACUUAUCUACUUCACACGGUAUGGAAAAUCAAGAAGAUGGGCGGAAAUUGCAAUCAAAACAUAGCAUUGACACAGUUGGAAUAAAAGACACAUCGCAAGAUCUUUAUUCAAAGAACCAACCUAAAUCCAGACUUUCACCUUCGUCGAUACAAGAAGUGUAUCCUACAUCUCGGAAUCAGUUUCAAACAUCGGACGACAUAUUUCGUGAUUUAAAAGAGAUUGUCGCUCAAGCCUGGGAUUUCAACAGCGGUGUUAGACCAACAGAGAUGGCAGAUCUGUCUGUAUGGGACUUCGCUGGUCAGUUUGCAUUUUACAGCACCCACCAAGUGUUUUUGUCAAGAAGAGCUAUUUAUCUUCUAGUCAUCAACUUAUCCAAGAGCAUUGACGAUGAAGUACCGGAUAGAUGUUUCAUUGACUCUCAGGGCUCUAGACUUUGUCAUGUUUCAGACUUUGUAGAGUUCUGGUUGAACUCUAUUCAUGAAUAUUGCGGAGGAACAGAAUCUGAGAACACUCCUGUCAUUCUAGUUGGGACAUUUGCUGAUAAGAUAGAUCAGGCAAGAAGGCAGGAACUUGCAAAGUCUUACUUUAGAAAGUUAAGACGUAAGCUGGCAAAAACUGAGACGUUUGAACAUCUCGCAGAGGAGAUCAUCAUUGACAAUAGUACCGUUGAUCCAAACAUUGACGCAUUAAAAACGACAAUUUGGAAACUAGCGUCCAAACAAAGCUACUGGGGAGAGCAAAAGCCAGCUAACUAUAUCAUCUUAGAGAAAACUUUGAUGAAACUUCGGAAUGAAGGACUAAAGGUCCUCCUAAAGAAGGAUUUGAGAGAAAUCAACAAAGCAAUGCCUGUCCCAAUUGCUUCAGAUGAAGGUCUUGACGUGUUUCUGAAUUUUCAACACGAAACCGGUUACCUUCUUUAUUUCAAUGACACGCUCUUGAAAGAUUACGUUUUACUGGAGCCACAAUGGUUGGUAGAUGCUUUCAAGUGUCUAAUUACUGCUGAUACAUUCUGCAAAAAGAGAGUUAUGUAUAACAAAUGGUUGGAGUUUAAUGAAAAAGCAAUUCUCACCAGGGAAUUAAUCGAUAUGGCCUGGGGAGAAGCUGAUGACAGUUUUUCUAAGCACAAAGUUGUUCUGCUUUUAUUCAUGGAAAAGUUGGGGCUUAUUGCGAAACCCUUGGAUGAUACAGAAAGCUGUUCCUUUCAAACGAAAGAAGAACAUUAUUUUGCCCCAUGUGUUCUUAAACAGGGGCCACCUUUAGACAUUAUCGAAACAAAGAAUACUAGUGUAAGCACUUCGACAUCCAGGAUAUGUUUUACAACAUCUUCAAGAUUUAUCCCAUCCGCUGUAUUCAACAAACUUCUGGCAGCUUGUCUGGCUAAGUGGCAGCUAGUCCAGCAGAAUGAAAUACCCUUGAUAUUUUGUGGAUGUGGAGUUUUCAAAAUAGAUGAGACACACUUCAUGUAUGUCCACUUUUUUGAUAACAUAAUUCAAAUGUGGAUCACACGAUUUAGUCAAAGGAAUCCAUAUCCAGAAAGCAAAAUCUGCGAAGAAGUGAAGAAGUUUGUUACCUCAUAUCUGAGAACAAAUGCAAGGAUGGCCAGCAAAAUGGAUGUGUUUGUCAAAUGUCCAAAUGAGCAACCGCUCUCAAAUAAAGCACUUUUCAGAAGUAAAGAGUUGUUGGAGAAACCAGAAGUUGUAUGCUCCUUCCACGGCGAGCCUCAUUCAGUAAUAUCAAGUGAUAUAACGAGGUACUGGUAUGGGAAUAAACACGUGUAUGGAAAUGCUGCUGACGGCCGUAUUGAAAUAGAUGCGCUUGAUCGACUUCUAACUGACAAGGAAAUAAAUCGCAUAGCUCAUAAAAUUGGAAAGGACUACCAAUCCCUAGGUCGAGAACUUGGCUUAACACAAACUGAAAUAGACCAUUUAGAGAUGGAUUAUGGAACUUCGCUGAACAGGAUAAAUGGUAUGCUUAUCAAAUGGCGUUCAAAAGCUGGUGAAAACGCAACAAUUCAAAACCUUAAACAGGCAAUGUAUGCUUUAGGGAUGGCAGACAUUUUCUACGUUUGUGCAUCAACACCCUGAUAAAAUUACAGGCUGCCAAAGCUGUCUGUUUACAAAUUAAGACGGUAUGAUUAAAAGCAAAAGAUGCCAUUGGGGGAAUAACUGAUGGAAAUUAAACGCAGACUUAAAGGAUUAUUCAGUCCUUAUCGUGUACUAUUGUGUUAUGUGUUAAAUGCUACGGAUCGUCAACCUGAGGUAAAAGAAAGUUUAUUGCACUGUGACCGCUGGUACACUCAAUACCAGCUGACAAUAGCAGUCUUUUUAGUCAUGUGUCUCCGUUUGUCAAAAUCAAAUUGUGUACGAUUUUUGUGCUUAUGUUCAUUUAUGGACAGAAAUCAUUUUAGAUGCUUUAAUCAUUAUGUAAAGAUAGCUGGAUAUAAUCAAAGGCUUUAGAAGACUGAUGGAAGCGGGUUUCCUGUUAUAUUUCAUUGUUAAUGUUACUUGUUGACACGUCGGACGAAGCAGAGAAUGACUACAUUUACAGAUUGUUUGUUAACAAAUACAAUUGCGUUAAACCUUUCAGAGGACCUGUUUUAUCUCAAGAAAAGAAACAAAACAGAUUAAACGUUUGAGAUAAAAAUAGCAUCUAAUUAUCCGCCGCAAAUGUAUGAAAAUAAUUCUUACAUGUAUAUUUUGUGCUAUUAAUACCACACUAAUGAAUAAAUACUGUAUCAUCAAAUUACAUUAAGUAACACAUCGAACACCAAAAGUUAAUAUAUUACCAUAAAACAUCAACAAGCUCAAUAUAAACACAUCUAUUGAUAAAUCAGUUCGCAGACAUGGCAUUUUAAAUAAAAGUAGUAAAAUCAAUAUAGAAGAUUCAGGCCUAGUUCAACCAUAACAAAUAAACCUGUCUGUAUUGAUCUACCAAACCGAAACUUUAUUAACAAUAUAACUGAAGACCAUAUUCCACACAAAAUAGUAACAAUAAGACAGUCAUCACCACCAUGGAUCCACAAUGAGAUAAGAAAACAAAUCAGAUAACGCAAGAGAGCAUAAACAAAAGCAAAAAUAUCACAAAACCCACAAUACUGGCAAACAUACAAACAAAUCAGAAACAAAA